AUAGAGGUCUGGGAUGUCGUAAAUAUAGUAGGACUUGGUACUUGUGUAUCUGUUCGGUUGACUUGCUGCAUUUGAGGUAUGUUUAUCAUAUAGCUUUGUUGACAAAUCUUGCAUCAUCCCUGACUGCUAUAGUUAUAUCAACAUAUAGAUUGCUUACCUGCAAUCUAGAACAGACAUGCAGCAGACUUGAUACACUAUCUAGUAGGUAUUCCAGACCAACAUUGAUCAUUCGUGGCUGAGAAUUGACAUCAUAUUACACUUGCUGUGAUUCUCGCUUAAUUGAAUGAUUAUCCAGAGUCUAUAGUAGGAUACCUUCAUGGCAUGUGUACUUUGGAGUCGUGGAAGCUACACCCUAGUGUUAAUGAAGGCAACGAGGCAGUAUAUUGAACAGUAUGAAGAAUGGACUAUUAAACAAGCUCUCUUAUUUUUAUAUCAUGGACUUUACCUGGAUGCAUUGAACGCCUAUUUAGCAAUUAUGCUUUAUAUGAACAGAUGAACGGUACUUUUGAAGUUUAAUGUACACUUUUGAUAUAGAAUCAUUAUCUGAAAACUCCAA